AUGCAGACACUUACUACAUUAAAUCUCGUGGACAAUCAAAUUGGAUAUGUCGGAGCACAGUACUUAGCAGAUGCAUUAAAAUAUAACACGACACUUACUGAAUUAAACCUCGAAUUAAAUGAGAUCGGAGCUGUUGGAGCACAACAUUUAGGAGAUGCAUUACGAAAUAAUAAGACACUUACCGAGUUGAAUCUUGGCCACAAUCAAAUUGGAGCUGCUGGAGCACAGCACCUGGGAGAUGCACUACGAAAUAAUACGACACUUACCAAACUAAAGCUCGAAUGGAAUCCGACCCGUGAUGUUGGAGCACAGCAUCUAGCAGAUGCAUUACGAAAUAAUACUACACUUACCACAUUAUAUCUCGGCAGCAAUCGAAUCGGAGAUAUUGGAGCACAACAUCUAGCAGAUGCAUUACGAAACAAUAACACACUUACUACAUUAUAUCUCGCCAGCAACCACAUCGGAGAAAUUGGAGCUCAGCAUCUAGCAGAUGCAUUACGAAAUAAUACGACACUUAUCACAUUAUACCUCGGCAGCAAUCGAAUCGGAGAUAUUGGAGCACAGCGUCUAGCAGAUGCACUACGAAAUAACAAGAUACUUACCGAAUUAAAUCUCGAAUUGAAUCCAAUCGGAGCUGUUGGAGUACAGCAUUUAAAAGAUGCAUUUAGAAAUAAUAAGACACUUACUACAUUAGAUCUAUCGGGCAGAAACGGAGUGAAAUUCGAGAAAAAAAUUGAUGGAUUCAUUUCGUGGAGCAACACAGUGCCAGGUUGUGAAUGUUGA